GGGGCCAAUGAGAGUGCGGGCCGGCUCGCUCCGCGUGUCUGGCAAGGAGGCAGUGAAGGCUGUGCUUCCGCCAUGGCAGCCGCCGAUCGCUAAGGUUUUGUUGAGGGGAUCGUGGCUUCGGCCUCUUAUUCCGUGGUGACGGUUUCUUCCCCCUAUUCCCCUCGAUCAUGUCUGCAUGGUGCCGGGCUGCCGCUGUUUUCUGCCUCAGUCUCUGUUACAUGGCGGCGGCAGCCGAGCUGCAAGAAAAGGAUGAAGCGGCUAAAGCGGAGACCGGGCAGCAGAAAAUAUCUUCACCACAUCCUAUGGCUAAUGUUGUAAGCGAUCAGUCAGUUACUAAAACAAACCUGGGUUUCAUACAUGCCUUUGUUGCUUCCAUAUCGGUCAUUAUCGUCUCUGAGCUGGGUGACAAGACAUUCUUCAUAGCAGCUAUCAUGGCCAUGCGCUACAAUCGCCUCACUGUGCUCGCUGGAGCUAUGCUGGCUUUGGGAUUGAUGACCUGUCUAUCUGUUCUGUUUGGCUAUGCGACUACAAUAAUUCCCCGGAAGUAUACAUAUUAUGUAUCAACGGCACUUUUUGCAAUAUUUGGUUUCCGGAUGCUUUGGGAAGGCUUGAAGAUGAGUCCUGAUGAAGGUCAGGAGGAACUGGAAGAAGUACAGGCAGAAAUAAAAAAAAAGGAUGAAGCUUUUCAGCGAUCAAAAACUGCAAACGGUCCACAGGAUAUUGAAUCGGGAUCAUCAACACACCUGUCACAAAAGAGGCGAAUGCCUUGUAUUUCUCCAAUUUUCAUUCAGGCGUUUACCCUCACGUUUUUGGCAGAAUGGGGAGAUCGAUCACAACUAACUACUAUUGUAUUAGCUGCUAGGGAGGAUCCUUUUGGCGUUGCUGUGGGUGGAACAUUAGGGCACUGCCUUUGUACUGGAUUGGCAGUUAUUGGAGGGAGAAUGGUUGCCCAGAAAAUCUCAGUUAGAACAGUGACCAUCAUUGGUGGAAUAGUUUUCCUGGCAUUUGCACUGUCUGCCUUGUUCAUCAGUCCAGACAGCGGGUUCUAACAAGAAGUUUUUCAGGAGUGCUGACCAGUAUCAUCCAUUUCCAGACAUGAAUUCUGAUAUUUAUCAAUGUACAGUGUAACUGCAGAGGACCUGUGCCUCUUGUAUAGUUUACGUCUUUUAGAUUCUGAAGGCAAGUCUUGAAUUAUUCAACCCAAAUGACCUCACUCUGUAUGUUUCAGUUUCUGUAUAAUUAUUUCAAUAUGUUGGUGCCUCACCAGAUAAAAUAUAUAAAUGAUUUUUAAAAUGUCGGAGCUUUGGACACUCUGACACUAAAGAAAUCCUUUCUUUACAGUGGUUUUCUGCAGUGAAGUAAACCAUAUUGCGGUACAAUCUUUUUUCAAAAAAAAUCUCAACUACUCUGUUUGGAGGACUCCCUUUGUCUCAAUUUGUCCAUUUUUCUUCACAUAAAAGAAAGUAGUUAAAAACAUUCUGUGAUGCUGAUUCUCUCCAAAAAAAAAUGGGCCUCCAUUACAUUAAUUGUAGGGAUCAUUGUAUUCUCGAUUGCAAAUGUUAUUUUUUUAAGGAAUCUUGUAUAACUGCUGAUGCCUUGCCAAUAAGUAAAUACUGUUGGGUCAGGUUUAAAAGGGCAUUUUAAUGCCUUGGUGACAUUAACUUGUAAUUAUUAGAAUUGUUUUAGAAUUCAGGUAACUAGGUUUGUGAGAAGAUUGUUAUUAGUAAUCAUUUAAAUUGCACUUGUGAUGAUUAUGCAAAUUAAUGCUCUUCUGUUGUCAAUGCUGAGCUGCAGGUCUGGCAACCUCAGUUGAGAGAAAAACAGUUAAUACUUUAAGUGCUGUGACCCUUCUUCAGAACGUCGAACAACGAAGAGUCACUGGAUUCCAAACGUGAACUCUGCUUUUCCUUUAACAUAUGCUGCCAGACCUUCUGAAUUUCUCUGCUCUGUUUUUGUUAUUGCAUAGCAUUGUUCUGAGAUUAAUUCAUCAAAUUCUGCCAAAUAGCAAAUUCCUAUCAUCUUCCAAUCUAUUUGAAAGCAGAGAUGGCUUGAAAAUGAGGAUGUAUAAUUAAUGAAUAUAAAUUGCAUAAUUACUCCAUAGUUAUUACCUGAUUUUAAGUAAAAACUUGAUAGCAUUGCAGUUGUGUAAAAAGAAAGUACUAUUACAUUAUCUUUAGUUUACAAGACACAAUUACAUGAAUGCUAGUGUCAGGCAUGCAGUUUAACAUCAAAAUGUACAGCAUACUUUUAAAAAUGCAUAUCCUGGGUCAGUCUCCAUUUUAUACUCCUCUUGCUAUCUUUUGAGUUUAUUUUUAAUUUUGCAUUAAGGACUUUAACUGUUUCACAAAUGUAAAUAGUGUAACCAGUCUCAAUGCAAUAUGCUCUUUACUGGCAAGACAUUUUGAAAUGAUUAAGAUUGGAACUGAAAGCUAGGAUUACUUUUCUCUUGGAUUUAACUUCCUAGAUAUGCACUUGCAUGUGGAAAUAUUUCAACGAAAACAGAGUUUUAUACUGGAAAUAAAUAUUUCUAUAAUGUGAACAUUUUCAGUUUUGCAUAAGAACUGUGCCUUAAUGCACAGGGAUUGGUAAUGUGGAACAGUGUUUACUUUGGACUGAUGUAAAGUUCAUUGGCUAUAUUAUAUGAAAGGACUAUUUGUACAAAUGCUGUUUUUUGUACCACUGGCCCACAGAAAAAAUGCAAACCCAGAGAGAAGAAAUCCUUAUUUGGCAGCUCAUGCUGUGGUCCAUGAGGGAAUUGGUACUAUGGAAAUUGGAAAGGGAAAAUUUUAACACCAGCAUCUUAAUACAUUACAGUUUCAAGGAAUACAUGUCAGAGGAUAAGUGCUAGUGUUACAACAAUAAUCAAAACUCUAAUGAUUUAAUUAUGUAUCCUGUUGUGUUUUAUGUUCUAGUGGUGGCCCUACAUUUUUAGAAUUCGAUUCAGUGCUGAGAUCAAUAACUUUACACAUUGUAGAGUCAUUUUGAACAACUUUACUUUUUAAAACAUCCACUAAGGUACUUAACUCUGCAGCAACUGAAUAAUGUUUGAUAAAUACUGGAACUUGAAUUUCCAGUUCUGUUUUGUGGAGUUAAUGCAGUGAAUGUCAAAUAGCGUUUUUGACAAGCAGUGCUUGGCACAAACAGGUUCUCAUCUAAUUUAUCUUUAUCCAUACAGAGUAAUUCUGAGCUUUUGCAAUAAAUGAAAUUUGAACAUUUAGUUUUGUCACUUGGGGGUCCUCAGGCCUUGAUGUGUUCUACCAUUAACAGACUCUGUCCAAGUCCUAGCAGAGUCUUCCUAAAAUGACUUGCAAGCAAAAUCUCAUACAAAAAUUAUGCAUCUGACGAAAAUGAUAUAAUCAUGUUUACUAUUGAUUUAAAUUCUGGUGGUGCAAACAUACUUGUAAAUUUAGAUGCAGUGCUUUCUUUAGUUUCAACUAUGGUCCUAAACGUCUUAACUUUUGAACUCCCAACAUUCUGCUAAGUUAUACAAAUUAGUUGGUUCACAGAAGUGAAAGUAAAUACUUCAUUGCACUGUUGGAUUAGUUUAUACAAUCUGUAUGCUGAAAUGUUUUUGUGAACACAGCUUUGCAAAAUUGUGCAGAACAUUUUCUUGGUAAAAUACAAAAUUAUAAGAAACCAAGACUUGAUUGUACAGAUUAGAUUUGUACAUAUUGCUAUUAUCAGUGGCUGUACUUUUAUUUGAAGUAUAAAAGGAAAAUCCUCAAGGUCACUUUUUUAUUUCUAAAAGUCAUUGCAUAUUGUUUCAGAGUUAUUCUCGCUCCUCCUCUUGCCUCGCCCCCAAAUCUUUCACCCUUCCCCAAUCGUUGUGUUUUGAAACAAUGUAUAUGCAAUUUGGGUGCAGAUUUACUUCUAUUUUUAGCACCAUGAAUUAAAUCUGGGAGGUACAGUUCAUAGUGGGCUCACAUCUUGUGCAAUUCGUAAGGAAAUAAAAAAGUUUUACAUCAUA